AUGGUGCGCCUACGAGAUAUUCCACGAACGGCCGCCUUCGCUUGGUCGCCCGGCGCCGGAACCCCCCUUGUGGUCACUGGUACUCGUGCCGGUGCUGUUGAUGCCGACUUCUCUGACGAAAGUAAGCUUGAGCUCUGGGACUUGUCCUUAGACGACCAGGAACAGGGACUUGAGCUCCAGCCUAUCGCGAGCAUCGCCACCGACGCCAGAUUUUACGAUAUUGCAUGGAGCCCCCCUGAUGCUGAACACCCACAAGGCAUCAUUGCGGGAGCUAUGGAGAAUGGCUCCCUCGAUCUUUGGGACGCUGCAAAGCUUCAAGCGGGUGGAAGUGACGCCUUGCUGUCACAGACGACCAAACACACUGGCGCCAUCAAGACACUCCAGUUCAAUCCUCUCAAGCCGCAUAUUCUAGCCACUGCUGGUGCUAAGGGCGAAAUUUAUAUUUACGAUGUCAAUGACAUUGCCAAUCCUUUCCGCCUCGGUAAUGCUGCCGCGCGCUCUGACGAUAUUGAAUGUCUCGCAUGGAACCGCAAAGUCUCUCACAUUCUUGCCACUGGUGGAGCAGGUGGCUUUGUAACGGUGUGGGAUCUCAAGACUAAGAAAGCAUCUCUCACAUUGAACAACAGCCGCAAAUCUGUCAGCGCCAUUGCCUGGGACCCAAACAACUCGACAAAGCUCCUGACAGGCACGCCAGACGACAACACCCCGGUAAUUCUCCUAUGGGAUCUGCGCAACUCCAAUGCACCGGAGAAGACACUGCAGGGCCACGAGCAAGGUAUACUGUCUCUCGCCUGGUGCUCCCAAGACAGCAGCAUUCUGCUUUCCUCCGGGAAAGAUAACAAGACACUGGUCUGGAACCCUCUCACCGGGGAGCGCCUCGGAGAACUUCCCGAGGUCACGAACUGGACCUUCCAAACACGCUUUCAUCCGCACAAUCCCAAUUUAUCGGCUACUGCUAGCUUUGACGGCAAAAUCACAAUCCAGACCUUGCAAAACACGAACCCCGACACUUCAAAAACCGCCAUUGACAACAAUUUGGAUGGUGCCGACUUCUUCAGUGCUGCUCAAACCCAACCUCAGGGUGCAUCGUGGUCACUCAACAAGGCGCCCCAGUGGUUUAAGCGCCCCAUUGGCGCCUCGUUCGGAUUCGGUGGCAAAAUUGUCGUUUUCAAAACCACAUCUGAUCAGGAUAGAUCCUCCAAAGUUGUCAUCUCGCAGUUCUCGGCCGACUCUGACUUUUCUUCGGCGACCGAGAAAUUCCAAGAAGCACUUGCGUCUGGUGAUCUGUCGGCCAUUUGCGAAGAGCACAUCGAGCAAUCCAAGACAGAAGAGGAGAAGGCUGACUGGAAGGUUAUGCAGACCCUGAUCGGCGAGAAUCCUCGUGGCAAGAUUGUCGAGUACCUCGGUCUCAAGGAGGAGAUUAGCGAAGAGACACUGCCCGAAGAAGCUAAGACGGAAGGCGAGGAAGCUGCCAGCGAUAAGAAAAAGCUUUCCAACUUUUUCGACGGAGCGGAUGGAGAAGGUGACGAUGACUUCCUAUCUGGUGUAUCUGCAACCAAAGGCGCCAAAACUGAUAACCCCUUCCAUUUAUUUGCCGACAGCGACACAACUGUUGAGAAGGAUAUUACAAAGGCACUCAUGCUGGGCAACUUUUCUAAGGCUACUGACAUCUGCUUGAAAGAGGAUCGCAUUGCUGACGCUUUUCUGAUUGCCAACUGCGGUGGGCAGGAACUAGUUGACAAAGUUCAAGCUGCGUAUCUCGCUCGCAAGACUGGGUCGCCCAGCUACAUUCGUCUUCUCGAAGCUGUCAUCGAAAAGAAUCUCUGGGACGUUGUAUACAACGCGGACCUCAAGAGUUGGAAAGAGACGAUGGCUAUCAUUUGUACCUUCUCGGAUCCCACCGACUUCUCUGACCUUUGCGAGGCCAUUGGCGAUCGAAUCCAGGAAAGCGGCGAGCGCAAAGACGCAUCUUUCUGCUAUCUCGUCGGCUCUAAGCUUGAGAAGGUAGUGUCUAUCUGGACUGCAAAGCUGGAGGAGGCUGAGCAGGCUGGCACCAAAGACCCGUCAUCCCAGGACUCAACCUUUUCUGUUCAUGCCAGAACUCUGCAACAAUUCAUCGAGAAGGUGACCGUCUUCCGUCAGGUCAGCAAAUUUGUUGACAACGAAACGAAUGAGACAGCGGGCUGGAAGCUUGCCGCUUUGUAUGACAAAUACACCGAGUACGCUGAUAUUCUCGCUGGCCAUGGUCAGCUUGACGCUGCCCAACGUUACCUCGAUCUUCUGCCUAGCACAUACCCUGCUGCUGAAGGUGCUCGUAGCCGGGUCAAACAGGCCACACAGAAGUCAACCACCAAGGCUAGUGCCAAGAUUACUACGAGAACAACUAGCACCGUUCCGCAGACGCAGUCUACUUAUGGCUAUCCUGCUCCUCAGCCUCCGCCUACUGGUACCACUGGUGCUGCUAAUCCAUACAGCAAUAUCGCCUCUAUUCCUACGCCCCAGCCAUUCCAACCUUUACAGCAAGCUGUGCAGCCACCGCAGCCAUCGUACGGAGGCAACCCAUACCAGCCAUCAGGCAUGUAUCAGACGCCUGUCCCAGGCUAUCCAUCGUCGGCACCGCCACCUGUCUCUGGACCUCCUCGCAACGGCACGCCUACCCUGUCGACGAUGCAUAGUGCGCCAAGGGAUAGCUGGAACGAUGUCCCUAUAGUGACAAAGGCGCCACCUCCCAGGCGCUCAACCCCAAGCGCACCACCCCCCAUCGGUCCAUAUGGUAUCCAGCCCGGCCAAACACCACCGCUUGGACCUCCGACCUAUGGCGCGCCUUCCAAAGCUAGUCCUCCUCCUCCUCCUCCCAAGGGUUCUGCUCCUCCUCGUGUCACUUCGCCUCUGGCCGGACCUCCUCAGACAUUCCAGGCUCCUCCUCGUCCCUCAUCGGCGGCUAAUCAGUAUGCUCCCCCGCCACAGGUUGGUGGUGGUCCCCAGAUGGCCAAUCUGGUUGCGCGGACUGCUUCCCCCUACAAUGCUCCCCCUGCUGGCGCUCCUUCUUCGAAUCGAUACGCCCCGGCGCCUGCUGCACAGCAGCCUAGCCCGGCUCCUCCUACUGGGGGAUCUUUGCCGCCGCCACCAAUUGGCGGCAAUGCCCCUCCCGCCAACCCAUACAGCCAAUUUGCGCAAACGCCACCUCCUUUCGCAGCAAACCCUUACGCUCCGACCAAUAACUUCAGCUCACCUCCCAGCGCUGGAGCACCCCCCCUUGCUUCCGGACCUCCUACUGGGCCGCCGCCCAUGGGCCGACCUGGCCCUCCACCUGCCGGAACUACAGCCACACCACCUCCCCCCAGGGCCGCCGGUGCACCUCCACCCAAGGGGAAGCACCCUCCUGGUGACAGAUCGCACAUCCCUGCAAAUGCGCAGCGCCUUGUCGAGAUUCUGACCGAAGACAUGCAGCGCGUUGCAGCAAAAGCACCCGCUACUUUUGCACCUCAAGUCAAGGAUACCCAGAAGCGACUAAACCUGCUCUUCGACCAUCUGAACAACGAAGAGCUUGUGUCUCCUUACAGUGUUUCUAAACUAGCGGAAGUUGCCGAGGCUCUCAAGGCCAAGGAUCACCCAACGGCGACAAAACUGCAGGCUGAGCUUCAGCGCGAAAGGGUUGAAGAAUGUGGCCAGUGGAUGGUUGGUUUGAAGCGUCUCAUUAACAUGAGUAAAGCGACACCUUAA